CGCAAAAGCAAUUGCUUUUGAACAAAAUCUUGCCAGUCUAGAUGCACCUAAGGUGUUGGGUGUUUUUAAUGAGAGGCUUAACAAUAGCCAGCUAGAAGCCACAUAGUCUUUGAGCUUACAAGGGAAAAACCUUUGAGUACAAUGAACUUGUCUAACUCUUACUUUCUAUUCUGUACCUCCUUACUAGUAGCUAUAGAUAGUCAAUGCAGCGGUGCUGUAAACAAGGGUGAAACUAGCCUAAAAUACAUUUAAAAUUGUACUUCUAAAUUGGACUCUUCUAGAUGCAGCACAGCUGUCAGACAGUGUUGGUUGAUAAACAGAAUUUACAUGAAACUGAUGCUGCUGAGAAGGAAAAAUGCAUGUUCAAGUGAAGAUUUUCUUAUACAGUCCAGAUAUAAUUAUCUCAGAGGAGAAGUGGGCGUCACAGAAUAAAGCCAAGUAAGAGUGUAAUCUUGGACAAAGCGAGCAUGUCAGUGUAGCAGUAAUAUUAAAGCAUCCAAUGGGUAGAGAGUCUUGCUAGCAGCCUGCCUGAGAUGGGAAAUAUAAAAGUGCUAAAAGAGAAGUCUACACUGAGUCUGGCCACAGCACUUGUCUGGAUAACCUGCUGUUGUUUUUGGCUGAUAAUUUCUGCGUUUUGUUCGCAGUCAUGAAGAUUGUGCUAAGGAAAGCGAACUACUUCAGCAAGCCUGCCACUGACUGAAUACACAGUAUUGUUCAUAGAUGAGCUAUUUCUGAAUCUGAAGAAAGAAGCAGCUUUUUAGAAAUGGUUACUCCUUCUAUAUGGCUUUCUCCUCCAUACUUAGCACAUGCCUUUGAGAAAUCAGCAAAGCUGAACACAAGUUUUGAAGGGUCUUUUGAAAUACCCAACAUCUCCAGUUUUUUUCCCUGGAAUAACUACACCCUUGCUGACUGGCAGAGCUUUGUGGGCAGGAGAAGAUAUGGGGCAGAGUCUCAAAAUCUUACGGUGAAAGCCCUGCUCAUUGUGGCAUACUCCUUCAUCAUAGUUUUUUCGCUCUUUGGGAAUGUCUUGGUCUGUCAUGUCAUCGUCAAAAACAAAAGAAUGCACUCCGCUACCAGCCUCUUCAUUGUGAAUCUAGCUGUAGCAGACAUAAUGAUAACACUUCUCAACACUCCCUUUACUUUGGCUCGGUUUGUGAACAGCACGUGGAUAUUCGGAAAGGGGAUGUGUCACAUCAGUAGAUUUGCACAAUACUGUUCCCUCCAUGUCUCAGCUUUGACUCUCACAGCAAUUGCAGUGGACAGACACCAGGUUAUAAUGCAUCCUCUGCAACCGCGCCUAUCCACUGCAAAAGGCAUCGUGUACAUCUCUGUCAUCUGGAUCAUGGCAACGUGUUUCUCUCUCCCACAUGCUAUUUACCAAAAACUCUUCACUUUUGAAUACAGCGAAGAAGUUACCCGAUGCCUGUGUCUCCCAGAUUUCCCUGAACCAGCUGAUCUCUUCUGGAAGUAUCUAGACUUAACAACGUUCAUUUUGCUGUACGUUCUUCCCCUUUUCAUCAUCUCUGCUGUCUACAUGAGAGUGGCCAAGAAACUCUGGCUGCACAAUGCCAUUGGGAAUGUGACCAUGGAGCAGUACUUCGCCCUUCGGAGGAAGAAAAAAAAGACCAUUAAGAUGCUGAUGCUGGUGGUUGUCCUCUUUGGUGUUUGCUGGUUUCCUUUAAACUGCUACGUUGUCCUCCUUUCUAGCCAAACUAUUCAUACCAACAAUGCCCUGUACUUUGCUUUUCAUUGGUUUGCGAUGAGCAGCACCUGUUACAACCCCUUCAUUUACUGCUGGCUCAAUGAACAUUUCAGACUGGAACUGAAGUCUUUGCUUAACGUAUGCAAAAAGCCACGUAGCCUGAGAGAGCACAGGCCUCCAUCCACAGUUCCAUCCUACAGAGCAGCCUGGCCAGAAAACAGCAACUUCAAGAGGUCUCGGGUCACCCAUGUCCUUCCAUCAACCUCUAAUCUCCAAUCAGGAAAGACAGACAUCACUUCAGUUGAACCUGUAGUAGCUGUGAGUUGACUGACAUAAACAAAUGGGUCUUGUGGGAUCUGCACUAGGAUUGCAAUAUAUCUAUAUGGCCUCCAAAGAAGACACUCUUGAAGAUGGGAAAGACUAUCUUUUCUUUGUCAGACUGACUUUGAACUGUUGGCUAGCAAAGAACUCUGUAUGUACACGUAACUUUUAGCUGUAGGUAAUGCUGUCUAGUCCUUUGUCCUAGGAGGUUUGUGUGUGUGUUGUGUAUUGUGAGCUAGAACCAAAGCACUGAAACCAUUAUCAAACUACAUCAAGUCUCAGUGUUGAAAAUGUUAUGUAGUGCACAUGGAAUUGGUAAAGAAGUAAAUUCAUUGUGAUGGCAUUGCUUGAAUCCAGCCCAAUUUAGCAGGGACAGAAAGCUGUUAUCAUGGAUCACAGGCUAAAUGGGCCUUUAAGGCAGCCCAGGCAAAACAUUGCCUAUGAUCUAGCAGCCACCCCGAGCUGACAGAGAUAUGGUAACGUAGGCCUUGUCUAUGCUGGCACAUUUUGUCAACAAAAACAGCCUUUUGGUGGCAUAACAGUGAGAGCAUUUACACUGCGAUGCGACUUUUGUCAGGAAAAACACUCACUUUUGGUGACAAACUUCCGGUCCUGCAAGAGACUUUUUUUUUCUUUUCACCUCUCUUUGUGACAAAGAGCAAGUGUGGAGUCUGCUGUUUGUUUUGUCCAGGGAACUGGCUUCUGCCAGCAUCCCACAAUGCCUGCCCUGAUGGCUGUACUCAGUGUUUUGUGAUCUCUGCUGCCCUGCAAGCAUGCACCUCUCCCCUCUCAAAGCUUCCAAGAAGCAUCUGACAGUUGAGUGAGCUGCUUGGUUUGCGGAACAAAGAAAGAACAAAUCAUUGGAAUGCUCCUGUUCUGCCUGCGAGGAACACAGCAGCAGGCACACUGCUACUGCCGUGGAAGGACUGGUGAGAUUGCUGUGCUACUUUGACAUUCCUCAGCACAGAGAGCUCUCAGAGUUGCUCAUGAUGCUGCUCUUCAUAGCUGAGGAGGCUGUGGGAGAACUCGGAAGGAAUCCCAAGAAGCACAGAGAUCAGCUCUGCCUUCCCCCAAAAUUGCAUUGUGGGAUGCUUACCCACAUUGCUUUGCCCUAUCUGUCAGUAGGGGAGUUAAUAAUGUGGCUAUGAAAUGUCAACAAUGGGAGGCAGAAAAAUCGUUUUGACUGGUUUUCACUUUUGGUGACUCUUGCAUGUUGACAGCACUUUUAUCACCAGACCUUUCUGCACUGGUGGGCCACAUCUAGAGUAUUGUGUCCAGUUCUGGGGCCCCCACUACAGAAACAAUGUUGAUGUAUUGGAGAGCGUCCAGUGGAGGGCAACCAAAAUGAUUAGUGGUCUGAAGCACAUGACCUAUGAGGAGAGGCUGAGGGAUUUGGGUUUGUUUAGUCUGCAGAAGCGAAGA